GAAUACCAAUUAAAAAUUAAAUAAAAAUAAAAAUAUUAAAAUAGACUAACUUUCUCUCUGUGUAAGCGCGCAAAAACUAACCUUUGGGUUUUGGCCAAAAUCGAUUUCACGAAGCCAAAAACAAAAAAAAAAAGAAAAAAAAAAUGGCGCUUUGUUUCAGUUUCAAAAAACUCCCAACCUCCCUCCAUUUUCAUACCUCUACAAAUCUACUAUUUCCUUCUUCACUUUCCUCUCCCUCCAAUCCAACUCCUUCUCUUUCCUUCAAACGUAACAACACAGACCCAUUUUAGAUCUGACUAGCUAACUCUUUUCUUUUUCUUCUGCCAUGGCCGACCAAGUCCGAAUAACUCGUUUGUCUAAGAAGAGGUCUACGGAGGAAGCGGCUUCAUUUUCUGAUGAAGACCCUUUUGUUAGUAAGAGACGAGUUGUAUUGGGUGAGCUUAGGAAUUUGACUAACGCCGCCAUUUCUCCUCUGGUAAACCCUAAAACUGGAGUGAAGAGUAAGAAGGUUAAGAAGGUCGUACAGAAGAAUACAAAUAAAGAUGAAGAUGAAGAUCCCCAAAUGUGUGGUCCUUAUGUAUCUGGCAUUUAUGAGUAUCUUCAUCAAAUGGAGAUUGAACCAAAGAGAAGGCCAUCGCCGAGUUACCUUGAGAAAGUUCAGAGUGAAAUUAGUGCCAACAUGAGAGGAGUAUUGGUGGAUUGGUUGGUGGAAGUUGCAGAGGAGUACAAACUUGGUUCAGAGACUCUUUACCUAUCUGUUUCUUAUAUUGAUCGAUUCUUGUCAUUGAACACCAUUGCCAGGAAUAAGCUUCAGUUAUUGGGUGUUUCUUCUUUGCUCGUUGCCUCAAAGUAUGAAGAGAUUAAUCCUCCAAAUGUGGAUGAGUUUUGUUAUAUCACAGAUAACACAUACACAAAAGAUGAGGUUGUGAAGAUGGAAGCUGAUAUACUAAAGACACUUAAGUUUGAAAUGGGAAAUCCUACUGUCCGAGCAUUUUUAAGAAGAGUUACUAAUAUAGCUCAAGAAAGAUGCAAACUAGUUACAAAUAAGACCAAAACACAAACCAUCAAUUUGCAAUUGGAAUUCUUGGGGUACUAUCUUGCUGAGUUGAGUCUCUUGGAUUACAGCUGCCUUAAAUUCUUGCCUUCAAUGGUGGCUGCAUCUGUUACUUUUCUUGCAAAUUUCAUUCUCCAUCCAGAGAUUAAUCCUUGGUGCCCAAAACUGCAGAAGUGUUCUGGAUAUAAACCAGUUGAUUUGAAGGAAUGUGUACUUGUAAUCCAUGAUCUUUACUUUGGUAGAAGAGGAGGAGCUCUUCUUUCAAUUAGAGAUAAAUACAAGCAGCAUAAGUUCAAAUGCGUGGCCACUUUGCCUUCUCCACCAGAGAUACCAGUUUCUUAUUUUGAAGAUGUAUGUUGAAGUAGUUGCCACUGAUUUUGAUUGAGAUCAAUUGAUCUCUUUAUAGUGUAACCAAUUGAAGAGAAUUGUACAUGAUAUUGUAGUUUGUAGUCAAUUGAAAUGAAAACAUGUUUGUCA